AUCCCUUUCCUUAAAUGCUAAGAAUGAUUGUGGUAAUUAAGCACCCCUGCCACUGUUUCUAUAUCAAUGGUGGGCAUGAAGAUGUUUUUAAUGCAGGGUGUUUUGGUGAUCCUUUUAGUUGCUUCCUCUUUUGGACAUAAAGUGAUCGACUGUACACUUAAUGCGGUCACUAUACAGUGGAGGCCGGCAUUAAACUCUGACCAAAAGCUGGACCUUUCCAAAGCUCACCUAGGGACUUGUCCUCCCUCGAGUAUAUUUAUCGAAGAUGACGUGCUGCUGUUCUCCGUCUGGCUUCAUGACUGUGGUUUUAAAGAAGUGGUGAGUGAGGACAGAGUGACAUACACCAACUUGCUGACUUAUAACCUGCAUGCCAGUCUUCCUCUGAUUACUGAGCCUGUGGAGUGUGUUUAUGAUCGAUAUAGCAGUAGUGCUGAUGUGAAUAAUGUAAAACGUGAUCUCGUCUUCACUCUGGAGUUGAUGAACAAUGAUUUUAAUGGGCCUGCUCCAUUCACCAUGUUCACAUUCGACACCAGAAUUAACAUCCUGGCCAAAGUGCAACAGCAGGACCUCCUUGCACCUGUGCAGAUUUACCUGCAGAGCUGCAUGUUAGCAAACACCACGGACCUCACUCAGGCCAGCCAGCUGCAUACACUUAUUUCUGAUGCUGGCUGCCUUAAAGAAAGCAAAGAAGGAAAUGCCAAGUUCUUGCCCAGACGGGAUCCUACAGAAAUUCGCUUUUAUUUCCAACCCUUCAAAUUUGCCACUGGAGAACAAGUGUUCCUUCAUUGUGACAUGGCCACAUUGGAUCUUCAGACCUUUAGUGUCACUCAAAAAGCCUGCCAAUAUUUACAACACCAAAACAGGUGGGAGCUUCUGGAUGAUCCAGCCCAAAGUGAUCUCUGUAGCUGCUGCGACUUCACUUGUAUAGACGGCACUAACUCAGAGUCUGGAAUAUAUACACACAGGGUUCUAGGUCCUUUUGCAAUGGUUGAUUCCCAAUCUAGUGCAUCAGAUGAGUCAUUCUGGCCUGCUGAACAAGAACUAGGAGGAGUUCCCAUAUGGGUUGUUGCACUUACUGUUUGCCUGGUGUUGAUCUUGAUGGCUGGAGCCAUUGCAACAAGCUACUACCUGUGUUUUUGGAGGGGUGGAAGGAUGGGAUACCGGCCAAGUCGAGAACUUCUCAAUAAAUAUUAAGCUUCUUGAUUAAAAA